AACCAGGCCGUUUUGUGGUAGUCGGGAAUUGCUUCUUUCAGUCUCUGUUGCAUUUUUCGCGCAAAAAUGCCGGAUCCAGCAAAAUCCGCUCCUGCUCCCAAGAAGGGCUCCAAAAAGGCUGUUACGAAAGUGCAGAAGAAGGACGGAAAGAAGCGCAAGCGCAGCCGCAAGGAGAGCUACUCCGUUUACGUGUACAAGGUGCUGAAGCAGGUUCACCCCGACACCGGCAUCUCGUCCAAGGCUAUGGGCAUCAUGAACUCCUUCGUCAACGACAUCUUCGAGCGCAUCGCGGGAGAGGCGUCCCGCCUGGCGCACUACAACAAGCGCUCCACCAUCACGUCCCGCGAGAUCCAGACGGCCGUGCGCCUGCUGCUGCCCGGCGAGCUGGCCAAGCACGCCGUGUCCGAGGGCACCAAGGCGGUCACCAAGUACACCAGCUCGAAGUAAGGGUGUGCAAGGGACGCAAUAGAUCAACCACCUUACCCCAAAGGCUCUUUUCAGAGCCACUUCAGUAAUCGAGAUAGCAGCUGUAAACACUUGCCAGAGCGUUGGAUAGCUUUUGGUCAGGUGGGGAUUGUGACCAUGGUCACGGAUGCAUUCGGGUUUAGGACUAAGGAGUUUCCUGUAAUCCUGUAAUGAGUUGGCUCUCAGUCAUCCUCGCCCAGUCUUACUGAGUUGCUAGUUACCUGUACGAAGAGAUUAGAAAGGUUUGACUGUCGUUCUGGGAUGUUUUGGAGGGAGGGAGGGAGGGAGGCGCGGGGUGGUUUCCCACCCCUUCAACCUUUAACCUGUAUCUCCAAAGUCGUUUUCCUUUUCGUUUCUGAAAGUAAUGAACGAGAUGAGAUUUCCUAUACAGAUGAGAAACCCUCAGUCUAACCUCUUUCUAUUUCUUAGUGUUUUAAUCUGUUUAACCAUAUACCUAGAGGCGUCUGUCACAAACUUUGUCGAAUAUAGCCAUGUGCUUUCGUCCCUUAGCCUUUUUGCAGGUCCUGACUUAGCCAUCCUCCCCUAACUUCCAUUCCAGUGACUUCAAUCAGGGAGAUAUAUUGCCACCGCCCCCACCCCCUAUGGAGUAUUUGGCAAUAUCUAUAGAUGUUUUGGGUUGUCAGGUGGGGUGCUACAAGUAUCCAAUGGGCAGAGGCCGGGAGUGCUAAGCAUAAGGCAGAGGACAGUCUGGGGGGACAAAGCUACCUAGCCUAUAAUGUCGAUCUUUGGCGAUUGAGAGACCCCAGUGCCCAAAGACAUCCCUAAUCUUCAGGAUUUAAUCCUCAUAUCAAUCAAACUUUUCCUUAACCCUACCAGUCCAUGUUUUUGUUCUUGGUGAAAGCUGAGCACUUCAUAGGCUGUUUACAGGUCCUUCUCCACAAGAAAAUACCUCCUCCAGGGCAAGGACCGUGUCUUGGUUCUGUAACAAACUUUCCCAAUUAUAAGAAUCACCUUUGCGCUUGUUAAACCCUCUUCCAGGUGCUUAUCCUGAGGUUUCCUGAUUCAGCUAGACUGGAGGUGGGACCUGAGGAGGUGGUUGGUUUUUAGUGUUCUCAGGAGUGUGGAUGUUUUAAUAGGUGUUGGGUACUCAGGUUAAUCGACCUGUGGGUGUGUCACAGUCUUUGUGUCACAGAUGUUCUGAGAAAGGAAACAAUUUGAGGAUGAGUGGAGGGGAAUUUGUGGUGUAGAGAAGGCCACAGUUAAUAUGUGGGAUGAAUUUCUGAAGACCUCUCAGUUCAAAACUUGUAUAACUCAAGACUCAUCCUGACAAAAGCCAGUGGAUGCUGCUUUUGCCAAAUAAAAUAUACCCUUGGUGCAACUGGAAAAUCUUAGUUUAUAAUUAACUUGACAGCCUUUGAAAUUAAGCCAUUCUUGAUAAAUCUUGGGGGAAUUAACAACUUUGUGCUUAAAAUGAAUUUUACUAAUAAUUUUUAUGAUGUUGGAGUUCAAAUUUACACGCAAUUAAAAGUUAUAUAAAAUGUGG